GUGUUCAUUGUAUCAUCCAGGAGAAAGCAGAUUCUGGAGUAAACAAGAAAACAUGGAUAAUGUGGGCAUUAUGGAUAUAGAUUCAAAACACAAGGAUCCACUGAUGUGCAGCAUGUAUGCCCCUGAUAUAUAUAGAAAUUUGCACGCAACGGAGUUUGACCGGAGGCCUUCUGGCGAUUAUAUGGAAAAGCUGCAGCAAGACAUCAACCCAGGCAUGCGAGGGAUACUGAUUGAUUGGCUUGUGGAGGUUUCUGAAGAGUAUAGGCUGGUCCCAGACACACUUUACCUCACUGUAAAUCUUCUUGAUCGGUUCCUGUCUGAAAACUAUAUUGAAAAGCAGAAAUUGCAAUUGCUUGGUGUAACUUGCAUGCUAAUUGCUUCAAAAUAUGAAGAAAUAUGCGCACCUCGUGUGGAAGAGUUUUGCUUUAUAACAGACAAUACCUACACAAAAGAAGAGGUGGUGAAAAUGGAAAGUCGUGUUUUGAACUUUUUGGGUUUUCAAUUAUCUGUUCCCACUACAAAGAAGUUCCUUAGGAGAUUCAUUCAAGCAGCACAAGUUUCAUAUGAGGUUCCAUCUGUUGAACUGGAAUUCUUGGCAAAUUAUUUAGCAGAGUUAACACUAACCGAGUACAGUCUCCUGGAGUUUCUUCCAUCCCUUGUUGCUGCAUCUGCUGUAUUUCUAGCCAGAUGGACACUAGAUCAAUCAGACCAUCCAUGGAAUUCGACUCUGGAGCAUUACACCAACUACAAGGCAUCGGAGAUGAAAAUCACUGUUCUCGUGUUGCAAGACUUGCAGCUAAACACUCAUGGAUGCAAGUUGCCAGCAAUACGUGAAAAAUAUAAACAAUCUAAGGUAAACCUUUUACGACAUCCCUUUCCUUUCACUUUUGCACCUUGAUAGCAAUGCACUAAUAGCA